CCGCCGCGCUGCGACUGGAAGCUCUGCCCACUAUCGCGAGAGCGCAACGGCAGUCUCGCGAGGGCUGCUUGAGGAGUCCCUACGGAAGCUGCGGAACGCGGGUCUCGGCCGCGGGAACUGACUGGGCGUUUCCGUUCCCGGCGUCUCGCCGCAGGAGCUAUAUAUUGAAGACAAUGUCUGGAAGCUUCUACUUUGUCAUUGUUGGUCACCAUGAUAAUCCAGUUUUUGAAAUGGAGUUUUUGCCAGCUGGAAAAGCAGAAUCCAAAGACGAUCACCGCCAUCUGAACCAGUUCAUAGCUCACGCGGCUCUCGACCUCGUAGAUGAGAACAUGUGGCUGUCAAACAACAUGUACUUGAAGACGGUGGACAAGUUCAAUGAGUGGUUUGUUUCAGCAUUCGUCACUGCGGGUCAUAUGAGAUUUAUUAUGCUGCAUGACAUCAGGCAAGAAGACGGGAUAAAGAACUUCUUUACUGAUGUCUAUGAUUUAUAUAUAAAGUUUGCAAUGAAUCCAUUUUAUGAACCCAAUUCUCCUAUUCGAUCAAGCGCAUUUGACAGAAAAGUUCAGUUUCUUGGGAAGAAACACCUUUUAAGCUGAAUGCAAAAAAUUCAGAAGUAAACAGUGUCACUACAAUGGGGUGUACUCAGGAAUGUGUACAUUGUAAGUAACUUGAUUAAACAGCAUGGAAAAA